AUGAGCAACCGAGCUGCGUUUUUGGAAACUGCGAAGGGUGAGUUUCGCGUCUGCGAUGCUGAUCUAGCAGAGCCUGGAGAGGGCGAGAUACUUGUCAAGGUUCACGCCUGCGCCAUACAACCAGCAGAUGCAAAAUGUGCGAAGUUCUCAAUGAUCCCUGUAGAAUAUCCUGCAGUCCUCGGUAGUCCUGUUGCAGGUGUUGUGGAGGGUAUCGGACCCGGCGUGAGCAAUGUCACCAUUGGCGAUCGGAUAGUGUGCGGCACAAAGAUCUUCUCGCACAAGAAGGCUAAGUACGGUGGCCUGCAGCGCUUCACCAUCGUUGAUGAGUCUGAAGUCGUUGAAAUUGGCGACACUGAGUUCACCCAAGCUGUAACUCUGGCUUCGUACACGCCUCCAGGAGCCUUGUUCGCCACAUCAACACUGAACAUGCAUCGCCCCACUAUACCAGCCUCUUCGCUACCGGAAGGCGAACAGGAAAAGAAGAUUCUGAUCUGGGGAGGAUCUUCCGCUACGGGAUCUCUAUCCAUCUCCUACGCGAAAGCAGCCGGAUACACCGUCAUCAGUACAAGUUCACCACACAAUUUUGAUCUUCUCCACGAGUGUGGUGCAGACUAUGUCUUCGACCACAGCGACCCAGCAACCGUUGGUGCAAUCCGCGAUCUCUUUCCUAUUCAUUACUGGUUUGACACCAUUGCACUCAAGCCCUCACUAUCCACUCUUGUCAAGAUACUCGCACCAGUAGAUGAGCCAGUUACGAAGGCAAACAUCCUUACCUUACUGCCGCUGGUCAUGACGGGUAUGAAGGCCGAAGACUUCCCCGAAGGGAUUACGACGCAAUUUCAUCGUUUCUCUACGCAUGCACCGGAGAACGUAGAGUGGCAUGAGUACUUCCUCGCGCGUGGCGGGUUUCUGGAAAAAGCUAUCAAGAAUGGAGUGCUAAAGGGUGUUCCAGCGGAAGUCAUCGGCGGCUUGGACAACGUCGCCGAGGGUAUCGAGAAAUUGCACAGCGGAGUCAGUGGCAAGAAGAUUGUUGUCCAACCAUGGGUGUGA